UUCAAUUUGGAGAUUGGAGAGUAGGGUUUUCCGUUUUCCAAUUUGAAACACCAGUACACGUCUUCUUCUCCCCAAUUUUCCGAUCUACCCUGUCCAUGUCUCUGUUCCUCCUGCGGUCGCUUCAAACCCUCUCUUUCCUCCCCCUUUCUCCAGCAUAAAAUCGUAAUUCCCCAGUUCCCCACACGAAUCCUCUCUUGCUCUUCCUAUUUCCUUUACUCAUAUCCUGCUCUCUUCUCUGCUGGUUGGGGGAUUUUGGUUGUAAGCGCAAGUACAGUAAAGGCACGAACAGGGCACGGACAGUGAAGAAAAUAUCUUUUGUGGGAAGGGUCUAAGUUUAUGCAUCUGUCGGCUGUUUCAGAAUGCACUUAAAAUAGAGAGUAUGCACAGAUGGAGUGCCAUAAUGCCAAUGAUGUGAAGGGACGUAGUGGGAAGGACGUAGUUCCUUCGAGCAGUUGAACGAAAAUAAAGUUCCAGUUAUGUUGGCAGUAGCAUAAGGAGUAUCAGGAAUUUUUUUUUUCUUAAAGGAGUCCUGGCCUUAUCAAGUAAUGUGGACGAAUGUCUUCAAAAUUGGAGGCCUACAUCACAUUUCCUGGUUCCAGUUUCUACCUUUUGAAUCUGAUCCAAGCUCCCUGUCUGAGAAAAGUGUGAAAGCAGAGCAGAAAGAUGCUGCUACAUUGUCGGUGCUUUCAUCUCAUCUGCAAUUGCAGAAGGAAGGAUUUCUUAGCACAUGGACCAAUUCCUUUGUUGGUCCCUGGGAUCCAUCUCAAGGAAUGCACAACCCUGAUGAGAAAAUCAAGCUCUGGCUUUUUCUUCCUGGACGUCAUUCAUCUGUUAUUGAAUCUGCCCAGGCUGCAUUGUCCAGAUUAAGAGUUGUAGGAUCUGGACUUUGGUUGGCCCCUGGUGACUCAGAGGAGGUUGCUACAGCUUUAUCUCAAGCUCUCCGGAAUUGUAUAGAAAGGGCGAUGAGAGGGCUUUCUUAUGUGAGAUUUGGAGAUGUAUUUGCAAGGUGCCAUUCAUUUUCACAGAGGGAAAAAAUUUUCAGGAGAGUGCAGCCAACAGUUGAGUUUAUCUUUGCAGCAACUGAAGAGGCAAUCUUUGUGCAUGUCAUUAUAUCUGCAAAGCAUAUCAGGAUUCUUUCUGGUGAUGACAUGGAAAGAGUAUUGGGACACCUCUCUUCUAAGAAAUCUGGAGGAAGGCUUCCAGUUAUUGUUGCUCCUCAUGGAAUGCGAGGAAGGCUGACAGGAUGCUGUCCGAGUGAUCUUGUGAAGCAAGUUUACUACAGUUCCAGCAAGGUGAAGCCUUCAAAUGGAUUUCCUGUUCCUGGCAUACCUUUCCAAGUGCAAGGCUCUGGUUGCCAACUUAGGGGGCAGAGUUGCUAUGUUGAGGUUACCCUUGGCUGUCCUGGCAAUGGAAGUGACAAGGAAUUUAGGUCGCUCUCUAAUUCCAAUGGGAAAUUUUCCAAGCCUCAUCAUGCUGAAGCACCUGCAGCGGCUAUUGGCAGGAGUGAUCUGAAGCACGGAUCAGCAGACUAUUCUCCUGUUCUUGAAAGAACAUUCAUUUAUCCAUCUGAGGCAGUCCUUGUCCCAGUCAUGCACACAAUAUUUUCCAGAUCAUCUCUGAAGAGAUUCUGGCUACAAAAUUGGGCACGCACAUCUCUAUUUGGUUCUUCUUUCUUUAUGGAUUGUUUGGAAACUGCUGGCAAGAUCGAGUCUAUAGAUGGCCCAUGGAGUGAGUCCAACGGGAUAUGCUCACUGCACAGCUAUAACAGCAGUAGUAACAGCAAUAGCAGUAGCAUCAGCAGCAUAAGUAGCACAUCCAGUGAAAGUGAGUAUAGGACCACAACAGGGACUGGUGACCUUGAGGCAGAUGCCGAUUCACUGACAUGUAAACAGUCAGAUUUAUCUUCUAAUGAUCAGUUUGAGAAUGAUGGCCAGAAACUGGUUUCUAAGCGUCCACGCAUGGUGAUGACCGAUUCGUUUGGUCCGUCAGGAACAGGAAUCACUUCGACCAUGCAAGAAGCAUACAAGGCAGGGUAUAAUUCUAUUGAAGUUAACAACUCAGCCACCACAGGGGUGGUAAAUGAUUCUCUAGGAUCUCAUUGGUUUGAUGAUGAAGGCAGGGGUAUUGGCAUGGACAUCCAAAUACUUCUUUCUGAGUUUGGGGAUUUUAGUGAUUUCUUUGGAGAUGAUGUUCUGCCUUUUGGUGAGCCCCCAGGAACUGCAGAAUCACAAGCUCUAAUGUUUCCAGUUGCAGACUCAGGAGAUGUAAGUGGUAGUCCUUGUACUGUGGGGAUGGAUUUAACAGAUCAGAUGUUUUUAUCUGGAUUUCCAUCUAUUGAUGGCUUUACUGCACCUCCUUCAGUUGUAAUGGAUGAAUCACAGAGCAUAAAUCAAGAAGUUAUUCGGUCAGGUGCUCCAGGAAAUUCUUCUUCAGCACCCUCCACAAGUGUGUUUGAUCAUUUGUCUAAAGCUGAAGCCAUGAUGACAUUCGCUGAAGAAUAUAGAGCUGUUGAAACCCAUGCAAAUGAUUUGCCCUCAUCAAUUUUCAGAAGCCCAUACAUGCCAAGUUCUAGGAAGGUAGAUAGUUCACAUUCAACCUCUUGUGCUUAUGUGUAUGGUGCAGUGCCACCUUCUUCUUGUUUGGAUGUCUCAGAUGAGAAUCUUAACGUGCCGUUGAAUUCAAAAGCUGAUCCUGCGGGGCAUGAAGCAAGUUCCACUCUCUACUCAAAUAAAUACUACACUCAUGUUGAGUGGGGGAAAGAAAAGCUUGAUGAUAGAUCAUUGGCUUGUAAUAAUACCGCUGCUUCUUGUGAGGUGGUAACACCAUCUUCUUCUGUUUCUGGUUUCAAUUCUGCAAAUGCUGCUAAAGUUUUCCAGAAGAAGAAUGAAGGAACAUUUGAAGCAGGACACCUGUUGUUGUCUGCCAAGACUGUGCUUGCUACCGAAGUUGAGUGCAUCAUGUUCCAAGCUUCUAUGUGCAGGAUGCGUCACAUGCUGUUUUCAUCGAGUCAUUCAGUGCCUACUGGGCUGAGUAGAUUAACUGGCAGUGCUGUUUUGGAUCAGCUCCCAGGGGACCCAAGCACCCCAGGAGACAAGUUUUCUAGCAAGUAUGAGGUAAAGAAAAAGGAAAACAUACCAGUUAGAAUAGCAGGUGAUGUUGAUGGAGGAAUACUUGAUGGGCCUGUUAAUGCACCUGUUGGUGUUUGGCGUUCUGUUGGGGUUCCUAAAGGGGCCAAGUCCACAAAUUCACCAAGUAUUGACAAUACACCAUGUUUGCACCAGACUCUUUUCAAUGAGGAAGGUAUGGUGACAUACUCUCACAAACAACCUGUUGAAGAGCUUCUGGAUGCUAUGGCCUUACUUGUCCAACAAGCUACUUCAUUUGUUGAUGUGGCACUGGAUGCUGACCAUGGUGAUGGUGUAUAUGGUUGGCUUGCACUACAAGAGCAAUGUAGGCGUGGAUUUCCUUGUGGGCCUUCUAUGGUCCAUGCAGGCUGUGGUGGAGUUAUGGCUUCUUGUCAUUAUCUGGACAUCGCUGGUUCAGAGUUACUUGACCCACUUUCUGCUGAUGUUAAUGCAUCAUCUGUAAUUAGCUUGCUACAGUCAGACAUCAAAGCCGCUCUGAAGUCUGCAUUUCCAAAUUUGGAUGGCCCAUUAUCAGCCACUGAUUGGUGCAGGGGCCGCAGUCAAUCAGGCGAUGCAGGUACUGUGUGUGACGGAUAUUCUGCUGAAUCCAGUUUAAGUGAAUCUAAAGAUGCUUCAAGUGCCAUUACUUUAGCCAUUGGGGAGCCAAUCAGCCCAUCACAGUCAUCAACUGGUGGUUCAUCUGGCCCAAAGGUGUCUAGCACAACUGAUGGAGCUAGAGUGGAUGAAACAUGUCAAAGAAGAUCAAACUCAGAUAUUUGUGGUUCAGAGACAGAAAUGCAGAUUGGCUUUCCUCGUCUCAGACCAACAUUAUAUGUGCUUCCAUUCCCAGCUAUACUUGUUGGGUACCAGGAUGAUUGGCUGAAGACAUCAGCAAACUCUCUACAACUAUGGGAAAAGGCUCCUUUUGAACCAUAUGCCCUACCAAAACCCAUGACUUAUUAUGUUAUAUGCCCAGACAUUGAUCCCCUUAUCUCUGCUAGUGCUGAUUUUUUUCAACAAUUAAGCACCGUUUAUGAAACAUGCAAACUGGGAACUCAUGCACCGCAGAAUGUGGGAGGCCAGUUAGAGCAAGCCUCUGGGAAAUCAUCUCAUGGUUUUGUUUUUGUUGAUUGUCCCCAGUCAAUGAAGAUAGAAAACAGUAAUGCCUUUAGGAUGGGCUCAAUAAGUGAUUAUCUUUUGUCUUUAUCAAAUGGCUGGGAGUUGGCAAGCUUUCUUAAGUCUCUUUCUAAGAUUCUCAAGGCUCUCAAACUUGGUUCAAAUAUAACGACAAAUCAAAAAGACGGUGUUAGUGGUCCUUGCACGGUAAUCUAUGUGGUGUGUCCCUUCCUUGAGCCCAUUGCAAUUCUUCAGACUCUGAUCGAGUCUUCCCGUGCCAUCGGGUCAGUAGUUUUCUCAUCUGAUAAAGAGAGAAGGUCUUCAUUGCACACUCAGGUUGGGAAGGCUUUAAGUUGCUCGACUGCUGUGGACGAAACAUCAACAUCAAAUGUUGUGACAAUUUCAGGGUUUAGUAUUCCAAAAUUGGUCUUGCAGAUUGUGACCGUAGAUGCUAUUUUUAGAGUUACUAGUCCAGUUCUUAAUGAGCUUGUCCUUCUCAAGGAGAUUGCAUUCACAGUUUACAAUAAAACCCGCCGUAUUUCUCGGUCAUCUUUUAGUGAUGUGCAAUCAGCAGGCAUCUCAGGUAAACCAAGUGCAACUUUGAUGCAUAUGUCCUCUAUCCCAGGGAUGUGGAAGGACUGUGCUCCUAGAAUUACUGGAACAUCCCUUCCAAGAGAGGGUGAACUUGAUUCUGGCUUGAGGCCUGGGACUUGGGAUAAUUCUUGGCAGUCAACAAGGGGUGGAGGACUAGGCUGUGAUCCAAACAGACCUGGGGAUUUUCUUCUUCAAGAUGAUGCCAGAUGUUUGUUCGAACCACUAUUUAUUCUGGCUGAGCCUGGCUCUGUGGAGCAUGGAAUUAUGCCCCCACUGUUUGGUAAUGAAAUAUCGGAGUCUACAAGGGCUUCUACAGAUGAUAGUGCUGGUGGUGGCUUCAUGCAGGGUUCUAGCUCAGCAGGAAGUAUGGAUAUUGGAUCAAGCUCUCUUCUCGAUGGAUCAGAACCUGAAGGAUGCAGCAAUCAAAAGAAUGCAAGCCUUCAUUGUUGCUAUGGGUGGACUGAGGAUUGGCGUUGGUUAAUCUGCAUCUGGACAGAUUCCAGAGGAGAAUUGCUUGACAGCCACAUUUUUCCUUUUGGUGGAAUCAGUAGUCGGCAGGAUACAAAGGGGCUACAAUGUGUUUUUGUUCAGGUGCUCCAUCAAGCUUGUCAGAUGAUAUCAUGUUCUUCCCCUGAGGUUGGUACUGCUAAGUGUAGAGAUAUUGUUAUCUCACGCGUUGGGUCCUUCUUCGAGCUAGAAUGCCAAGAAUGGCAGAAAGCCAUUUACUUGGUUGGUGGAAAUGAAGUGAAGAAGUGGCCGCUACAACUUCGACGUUCUUCACCUGAUGGGAUCUCUACAAGCAGUAGUGGGACUUCCUUACAGCAACAGGAGAUGAGUUUUCAAGAAAGAACUCUACCUUCCUCACCCAAUCCUCUAUACAGUCCUCACACAAAAACUUCUACUUUUAUGAAAGGUGUUUUAGGACAGAACAAUACGAGGAAGCAGCUUAUGGGUGGUCAAAUGUCAGUUGACGGUACAAGGGGGCUGUUUCAGUGGGUGCAGAGUAUCAGUUUGGUUGGGGUUUCCCUUGACCAUUCCCUGCAUCUAGUCUAUCAUGCUGAUUCUUCUUCCCCUGGGGGCGGAGUUCAAGGUGGCAGCAGCAUUGGACCAUCAAGCUAUUUGGAAGGUUUCAGCCCUGUGAAGUCUCUUGGAUCUACAUCAGCAACCUACAUUCUAAUCCCUUCACCCAGCAUGCGCUACCUCUCUCCAAUGCCUCUACAGCUCCCAACAUGCCUUACUGCUGAAUCUCCACCUCUGGCCCAUCUCUUACAUAGUAAAGGAUCAGCUAUUCCAUUAUGCACUGGAUUCGUGGUGUCAAAAGCGGUACCCUCUGUCAGGAAGGAUUCCAGGAGUAUCUCAAAGGAGGAAUGGCCUUCAGUUUUAUCGGUCAGUCUAGUUGACUACUAUGGUAGUAACAACAUAAUCCGAGAGAAGAUUGCUAGAGGAUCUAUAAAGCAUGGUAGGGGUUUAAGCACGGAAGGAAGAAACUUUGAGAUUGAAACUCAUUUAAUUCUUGAGUCUGUUGCAGCAGAGCUUCAAGCUCUGUCAUGGAUGACUGCGAGCCCGGCAUAUUUGGACAGGCGAACUGCAUUGCCUUUCCACUGCGACAUGCUUUUGAGGCUAAGAAGGCUGCUUCAUUAUGCUGAUAAGGAGCUCCCUCAGCAACCUGAGAAGUCAUAGCUAGAUUAAUGUGACUAGGCAGGCUAAACUUGUUCACUUGGUAGUUAAUAUGGAUCACACCUUGGACUAGGAAGCAAUGGAGAUGAAGACCAAGAGUGCUGUAUGCAGGAUUUUUUGUUACAUAUACUGCCAAUGUUGCAGUUCUGUACUAUUAGUGUAACAUUUGUACAUGUAAUUGAAAAUGCCUCCCGAGUGGGGGGAUGAGUUGCAACAA